AUGGCGCUUUCCGCCUACGAGCCUGGUCGUCGCUCCGUCUUCUCGCGCUGCGUCAAGGCCUUUCGCGACCCUCUACGGGCGAUGCGUGCCCCGAUCGACCGGCGCGACCUGUCUGCGCUCGAGGAGCACUGGCGCGAGGUCGAGCGAGGAGAGGGAACGACGGCGGGCUACAGCGAGCCCGACCGCCGCGCUACACUGCAACACGCGAUCCCGCCGCUCGCGUCCUGCUGGGUCGCCGUCCACGCGCCGCGGCAGGCGACCGAGGAGGCCGUGCGGGCGCUCUGCACGAGCGUGGACGCCGAGGUGGAGCGGCUCGAGCGUCGAGCUGCCGAGCAGGGGCGAGCGCUCGAGCGAGACGGGGCAGGAGACACGGCGGGCGAACAAGCCUACGACAACGUCGUCGCGCGACUCGCCCUCGCGCAGAAGAAGUGCAAGUACCUCCGACAGCGGUUGCGCCGCACGGGCGCAGCCACCCACAGCGGGCAUGGCACCGGCACAGUGCCCCAGCUCGCCCCUCAGCACCCUCACGCCUCCGGCGAGCACCUCGACACCGCCAGCGACCAUCAGCAGCACAGCACGGCGGCGGGCCAGCACGAGUUGAGCGAGGGGAGCGACCGUGGCAGGCGCGGCGACUCGGCGGGCGACGACGACGCCAAGAUGAGCGAGGUCAAGGGCAUGGGCACGGGCACAGGUCGGGCGAGGUCGACGACGGUCGAGAUGAGCGGCGAGGGCAUGUCGGGCGAGGUCGUCAAGGAGCGCGAGCGCGAGGUCAUGCCCGAGGUCGACCAGGAGGAGUUCCGCUCCGACAUUGCCGGCUUCGAGGAACCUCGUUCGACGACUACCCGCCCCUACCACGCCGCACCUCCCCUUCUUGACGCACAGCCCCCUCCUCCACCCCUCACGCCUCGCUCCCAGAAGAUGUUCGACAACUUCGACAUGCGCCGCGUCGCCUAUCCUCGCCCCUCGCCGCCGCCACCCGACCGCGUCGUGUACCAGUACUUUGCCGCCCUGCCGUACCCGAACAGCGGCGGCCACUUGGUCGGGAUCGGCGGCCGCACCGCCACCGACAUCCGCUUCCGCAGCGGCGUCGGCAGCUUCUCGGUCUUCAUCCGCGAGGACGAGCUCGCCUACGUCGUCAUCAUCGGCACCCGGCGCGCCAUCCAGCUCGCGCUCGACAUGGUCAAGAAGAUCGAGGGCGGCGACGCGGCGCACGUGCGGCGGGGCGCGUGGGAGCGCAUGCGGAGUCAGGCGGCCGGGUCGAGCUGGGCCGACUACGACGAGGUCAACCUCGAGCGCGUCGACGGCUGGUGGCUCCUCGACCGCUUCACCGACGCGGCCCACGACGCUCGCACGCGCAACGCCCCGCACUACGCUCGCGACCCCGGCCGCCAGCAGGGCGACGCCGUGCCGUACGGCGGUCAGCCCGUGCCGAGCGCGUGGCGCAACGACUCGCGCGCCUCGUACCCGUCGGCGACGAGCCGCGACUACCGUAUCCCGCCGCCCGAGCGGCCCGCGUCCGAGGCGCGCAGCAGCGUGCGCCCCGACGAGUACCCGCGCGACGAGCCGUCCCGUACCUCGGCACGUCGCCGCUCGUCGAGGUCGGCGAGCCCGCCCCGCCGGUCGGGCCGCUCGGACCGCUCCCCUUCCCGUUCCCCUCCCCGCUCGUCCUCCCUCUCGCCUCCGCCCUCGCGCAUCGACACGCCUCGAUCGUCGCAAGCGCCGAGGGCGAGCAGGCCGGGUCGCUCGCACCGCCACGAUCCGUCGACCACGUCGUCCGAGAGCGUCGAGCACGCCUCGUCGCUCAGCAUCCCCAUUCCGGUGUCAGCCAUCGAGCGCUUCGUCGGCGCGAACGCGGGAGGCCACUUCAUCACGCAGACGACGGGCGUCCGGCUCGUCGUCGAGGCGGCGCUCGACAGCACUACGCUCCGUCUUGAGCUCGGCCCCGGCGCGACGAGCCAGAGCCUCGUCGAAGCUCGCCAGCUCGUCGAGAAGGUCCUCGCGAGCAACGGGCUCGGCGAGCAGUCGGGCACGCGCUGGUCGAGCGCGCCGAGGUCGAGCAGGGAGGACUCGCGGCACCGCUCUGGACGCGAGCGCGAGUCGGACGGGCACGAGCGUGGCGGCGGCAGGGACCGCCGCGGUCGCUCGCGCUCGAGGGAGCGCGAGGGGAGCCGGCACGAGAAGGGUCGGGGCGAGGGCAGGGGCAAGGGCAGGCGCCGCGAUGGUCGAGACGAGACGAGCCGCAAGGAGAAGGGGCGGGACAGCCGCAGGAGGGACGAGAGGAGCUACUCGCCCGCCCCACGCAGCCGCCAAUCGGCCGACACGCGUCGUGCCCACCGCCCUCGCGAUGACGACCGCUCGACGCGACCGCGCUCGCGCUCGCCGACGCCGACGACGGCUUCCCCUCGCCGUUCCUCCACCGCCCGCACCACCGCCCAGCUCGACCACCGUCCGUACGACACAGUGCCGCACUCACAGUACGCCGCCCCUCGGCACGCGCAGCACAAGUCGUCGUCGACGAGCGGUCGGCCGCCGCCUCGCGAGUGGGACCUCCAGAUCGAGCGGGACCGCGCCUACGAGGCGCAGGACUCGAGGUGGGGGUGGCAGCGGGGGACGUGA